AUGGCAUCUCGCUUAGCGUUGCUCGCGUUCGCCUUGGCGUCGCUCGCCGUCUCCGCCUCUGCCCAGGGCCCGGCCGCCUCCCCCUCCAAGUCACCCUCUGUGGCCCCGGUGAAGCCUCCUGCUCCCUCGCCUCUCCUUCCGCCGCCCACAGUUGCUCCAGUGAGGCCCCCGGCAGCAGCGCCCCUUUCCGCGCCGCCUGCACCUGUCCCCGCCGCCAAGUCGCCCUCUUUGUCCCCUCCCGCCCCGCCGACCUCAGAUAUUCCUGCGCCAGCGCCUAGGUCGUCGAUCUCCGGCGUCCCUGCUUCUGCUCCCACCGCCCCGCCUCCGGCUGGUAAUGGCGCUGCUGAUCUUUCCUUCAGUUGGAUCGGCGCCUUCGCCGUUGCUGCUGUCGCGUUCGCGAUGUAG